AUGGCCGCUAGUUGGCUCUCAGUGUAUGGAAACACAAGCAGCAGCAGCAGCAGCAGCAGCAGCAGCAGCAGCACCCCAACCAAGCAGCAGCAGCAGCAGCAGCAGCAGCAGCAGCAGGGGCCCCCCAGGGGCCCCCAGAAGCGGGGCAGGCCGCAGCAGCAGCAGCAGCAGCAGCAGCAGCAGCAGCAGGGGGAGAAGGAGGAUCAUGAGCAGCAGCGUGACCCUUUGCUGCUCCUGCUGCAGCAACAGCAGCAGCAGCAGCAGCAGCAGCAACAGCAGCAGCAGCAGCAGCAGCAGGUGCAGCAGCAGCAGCAGCAGCAGCAGCAAAAUUGCGCUGUCUAUGCAGCUCUCUCACCGCAGCAGCCACGCACCCCGCUGCAGGCAGCAGCAGAUACACCGGGGGAGUUCCUGCUGCAGCAGCAGCAACUUGCUGCUGCUUCUCUCUCUAAUUCAGGGGGCCCCUGUGGGGCCCCCCUCACCUCUCUGCUGACGAUGGACUCAAAGGCAGCAACACCGCUGCUGCAGCAGGAGCGCAUGCGCUGCAGCAGCAGAACAGCAGCAGUAGCGAGUGCAGCAGCAGCAGCAGCAGCAGCUGCUGCUGCUGCUGCUGCUGCAGCAACAAAUGCUGCUAUCGAUAUUCCGACAAGCACAACAACUGCUGCUGCUGCUGCUGCUACUGCUGCUGCUGCUGCUGCUGCAUACCCCAGCGGACGCAUGCAAACAGCAGCAAAAGAGGAGAGCAGCAGCAGCCCCGUGCUGCUGUUCGGAGAUACCCGCGAGGGGGAGACAGCUGGGGCCCCCCCCAAGGAUGCUGCUGCUCCGUGCUGCUUAACGGCUGCAAGACAGACGAAGCGGCCGCGGCAUCAGCAGCAGAAGCAGCAGCAGCAGCAGCAGCAGCAGCUGAUGAAGCAAGAGGAGGCUGGUGCUGCUACUAGGCUGGGGCCCCCCCCAAGGAUGCUGCUGCUUCCUCAGCAGUAUACGAGCCCGCAGCAGCAGCAGCAGCUGAUGAAGCAGGAGGAGGCUGCGGCGCGUAUCCCCCUAAAGACCCCGCAGCAGCAGCAGCAGCAGCAGCAGCAGCAGCAGCAGCAGGAGCUGGCGGUGGUUCUUGGGGUCCUUUACCCUUACAACCUGCUGCAGCAGGUGCAGCAGCAGCAGCAGCAGCAGCAGCAGCAGCAGGAGCAGCAGCAGCACCAGUAUCAAUAA